CGACAAGAUGGUACAGCAAGGUGGAAGCUGACGCUACAACAGUUACUUGGACUUGAUCCGCUGGAAGAUUUCAAAUUCACACAUUUCCGAAAACCUUCUUUCACUCAAACCACCAUGGUCUCUGCGUUCAUACUUGCUUACCUUUCCUCCAGUAAAAAUAUCACGACUUUUGAUGAAGACUUCAAGCGCUGACCGUGGGAGAGGGAAUGUAGACGCUUAAGAAGCCGCCAUACACAGCUCCUUACAACGCUGAAUCUGACUCCCAUGCCUUCUGUUCAUGCAGCCCAGGACAAUGAGAACGACAGCCAUUCAUUAGUGUCCGACGCCUCUGAGGGUGAACCUCAUUCAAGGACUCCUCAUAUCUCCCAGGAUCAAGGUCCAGAGGUCGAGAAUUUGACGUCCUAUUCUCGCCGUCGACGACGCAAAUCGAGGCGCAGGACAAUGGGCAUGGAGCGUUCUGAGUAUAUUGUCAGAGGGAAUGAUCCAUUUGACUACGAACAGAAAUUCCCAGAGGAUAAGCAGCACGAGGAGCUGGGGCCAACAGCCAGGGUAUGGAGAACAUACCUUGAAGAAUGCCUUCCCUUUGAUAGCGAGAUGGUGGAAGGGUGGAGAGACGGUCUAGAUGUUCUCCUCGUCUUUGCUGGUCUUUUCUCAGCGGUUGUCACGACAUUUGUUGCUCAGACAUCACAGAGCCUCCAAGUUGACUAUGGCGCGGUCACUGCCUCACUUUUGAUCGAGCUCAUCAAUGUCCAACGCUCUGCAUCGAACGGUUCCCUCGUAAAUGACGUCCCUCGCUCAGACCUCACCUUUCGACCCUCAACGUCCGACUCGUGGGUUAAUGGCUUGUGGUUCACGAGCCUCUCGCUGAGUCUCACUACUGCCCUAUUCGCUGUCUUGACAAAGCAGUGGAUCCACCAGUACAUGUCUGUGCCGUCAGGAACACCACGGGACAGAUGUCGUGUACGUCAAUUCCGGUACAUGGGUCUGGAGCAAUGGGGUGUAGCCUUCAUUAUUGGACUCCUUCCUGUCCUGAUGAGUGCAUCGCUCGCUGUAUUCCUUGUGGGAUUGGUUCUUUUUAUUAUCCCCUUGCGGGUGUCUAUUGCCAGUGUCGUUGGAGCAAUCACGUUUAUAUCAUUUUCGGCCUAUAUCGUCACCAACUUCCUUCCGAUCUUAUAUCCUUCAUGCCCCUACAAGACUCCAUUGUCACAAUAUAUAUUCCCUCUCUACACCUAUAUCCUGCAUAAUGGCCUUUUCAACUGGCUGAUCUCUCCGAUAUUCAAACUCUGGGUGCGGCUACCCCAUGAGUCAACCUCUGGCCUCCCUGUGGUUCGCACGUUAAGAGGUGCUGAGCGUGUGACUGUGGAUGCUAGUGCCGAUGAAACAGAUGUGCAAGCACUUUCUUGGCUCAUUCAUAUGUCAUCCAACCCCAGCGUGGAGAAGAUUGUGAUAGAAUCUUUGAGUGCUUUGCCGCUCAAGUCUGUACGUUCUCUCAAGCGCCAUAUAGCCCAUAUCUCUCGCGCGUGUUCUACAGCCCUCAGAUCCCUUCUCUACCAACCAGAUAUCUCCAUGCAUGAAAGUCAAGUGGAUCGUUUUCUUCGAGCCUAUCUCCGCUUCGCGGAUCAGCCCAUUUAUUAUAGAAUACCACUACCUGCCAAGGAAUGCCUCUCGCCUGCCAUUUACGCAGACCUUCUGUCUAUUUGCCCAUUUUGUGAAACGGAGAUCAGAGAACUGAUCAUAUCCAACUUGAAAGCCGGAUCCUAUGACCCUACCGCUCUUCGCUUACAGCCCAUAGUAUGGGCAUGUCUCCUUCAGAAGCUUUAUCCAUCCAAUCCUGAUAAUCUCGAAGUGAUGCGGAUAUUAUUCACAAUGAUACCACUAUCGUAUUGGAGUGUUGAUUUUACUCCUCCUACUCGAUUCAUUGAGUGUAGUGGUAUAAAAAUCCUUGACGAAGAUACUGCCGUGGCUACCCUUUGGACAGCAAUUCAAGAGUCUUUAUACCCAUAUGUUGCCGAAGUCAUACCUCAAAUGUGUGGUGAACGCUUCAUGCCCCCCCUGAAUCUCACCUCUCAGGAUCUGCGACUCCGUCUUCUCUUGAGCAUGGCCGACUCACCCUCUAUACGAAGCAUGCCCAUCUCCACCUCACCUGACUAUGACAGUUUGUUUAUCAGGAUAAUACAAGGCAUUGGUGACUUCCUAGGCGGGAAACCACUUCCAUUGUAUGACAGUGACAUCAUACCUACUGUCCCCUUAGACAAUAAUCGUCAAGCUGUCCUGAAAUCACUAUACACGUUCGUCUCGUCGGUUGAAUUCGACGAUACUUUAACUCUCCAUGAGCGAAACUUUGCCUUGAUAGUUUUCCUUCGUGUUCUGAAUUCCACGUCACCUCGCCCAUCAUUCCUUCCCGAAGACUGGUGUACACCACAGUUGGCCACCAAAUUUGUGCGAAACGCUUUGGAAGACACUUCACGGAGUUAUUCUAAUGCCUAUGAACUGGGUACUUAUUUCUUCCGGUCCACCUCCUUCACCAACAAGACUGCGGCUUAUUUUGUAUCAAGUCUCUUUGAACACCUGCGCACGCAGGAUUCCAUUCCCCCUGUAUCAGCAUUUUUGGACUUGAUCGUCACCGUCCUCGCAUCUGAAAAUUUAGAUAUUCAUAUACGUCAGCAAUCGCUGGAAUACUUGUAUGAGCCUGACAAUCUGUUCACUUCUUGCACUACCCUCAUUCAGAAUGGUGAUCCCUGGACUCUUCGUCGUCUCGCUCUCCUCCGUCCCAAGGACCCAGCCUGGUCUGGCUGUCUACAGAGGCUGCAAGACUUUGAAAUCCUGGAAGAGCCAUGGGUUCUGCGCGAUGCUAUACCUGGUGUCGUGGUCGAUUUCAAAGCAUUUAUCGAAGGUGGGUGUGUGGGCACAUUUGGAAAGGAUGACGAUGACGCGGUAUCUUCCAAUCCUGUGCAACCAACUCAAGGAGAUGCUGAUUCUCCACAUCAUCCGGGGUCAACAGUGUGGCGUAGGGUACGGCGAUUUAUUGCAGGAAAACCUAGUCAUGAGGAGAUAGAAUUGUCGAGUUAUAAUGCCAAAGUGUAGUCUCUGUGAUCCUCUGACUAUUUCAUAAUAAACAUUACUUCAGAUAGUGUGCGCAGC